AUGCUUUCUAUUGCAUUUUUAUCUUUAUUAGUUUAUUCAACUUACUCAACUCCUAUUAUACUUAAUCGUUUAACUUUAUUAAUUAUGUUAUUCGUUUUAAUUAUUUUUAAUUCUUCAUUUAAUUUAAUUUCUUUAAAUAAUGGUUUAGCUUUAUUUAAUGAUUGAUUUAUUAUAUAUAAUAAUAAUUAUUAUUUUAUUACUGUUAUUCUUUCUUUAAUUAUUUUUUUAUUAUCUUAUAAUUGUUUCUCUUUUUCUAAUUCUAAAAUUGAAGCUAAUAUUUAUUUCUCUUUAAUUAUUUUAGCUAAUUCUAUUGCUUUAUUAUUAUUUCCUUUAGUUAAUGAUUUAUUAUCUUUAUAUAUUUUAAUUGAAUUACAAAGUUAUUCUUUAUAUAUUUUAACUGGUAUAACUAAUAAAUCUUAUAAUUCUUCUAGAGCUGCUUUAUUAUAUUUUUUAAUGGGUGGUAUUGCUUCUUGUUUAAUUUUAUUAUCUUCAUAUUUUAUAUAUUUAGAUACUGGUACAACUAAUUUAAGUGAAAUAUGAUCAAUGAGUUAUUAUACUGAUUUAACUAUAUUUAAUUAUAUUUUAAUUUUAGCUUUAAUGUUUAAAAUGGGUAUGGCUCCUUUACAUCGUUGAAGUAUUGCUGUUUAUAAUUAUGCUCCUACAUAUAUAACUGCAUAUAUAUCUAUUGUUGCUAAAGUUUCUAUUAUUUCAUUUAUUUUAACUUGAGCUGCUACUUUAGAUUUAUCUAUUAUUUAUAUAUUUUUUAUUUCUUCUUUAAUUAUUGGUUGUUACAAACCUUUAUAUCAAAUUAAUAUUAAAACUAUUUUAGCUUAUAGUGGUUUAUUAAACUUUUCAUAUUUAUUAUUAUCUUUAAUUAUUAAUAAUGAAGUUUCAUUAGUUGGUUUUUAUUUAUAUUUAUCACAAUAUAUUUUAACUCAUAUAUUAAUAUUUAUUAUUAUAUUAACUAUGUCAUAUUAUAUAACAUCACCUCCUACUAUUUGAUCACCUAUUACAUUUAUACAUCAAUUAAAUAUACCUAAUAAAGCAUUAUCUGGUUGUUUAAUUAUAGCAUUAUUUUCUUUAAUUGGAUUACCUCCUCUACCUGGUUUUUAUGCUAAAUUAUUAAUAUUUACUAGUGCAUUAAGUUCAAAUUAUAUAUUUGAAUCAUUAUUAAUAGUUAUAUGUAGUGUUAUUGCAACAUAUUUUUAUGCUAAUAUAAUUAAAGUAUUAAUGAUAAAUACUGAAUCAACAAAUAAUAAUAAUAUAUCACCUGUUAUAGCUUAUAUAAUAAGUUUUAGUUCAAUGUUAUUAAUAUUUAUUUGAGUUUAUUUAGAUAUUAUAUUACAAGGUAUAUAUAUAUUAAUUAUAUAA